GACCGGAGUUGGGAGCUCGGGACAAGGCUGCUCGUUUGACACUGAGGGGUUGAAAAAUGGCGGUGGCAACGGAGGGACGAAAAUUGGAAGUUGAACUGGAGGGACGAAAAUUACAGCUGUGUGCAGGAUGUUUCUUCCCACCUGUACACCUAAAACAAGUAUGCUUAAAAAUGCAUGGCCAGAGCAACCAAGGCCCUGGUGAAACUUCCGGCAAAACCCUUUAGGUACGAAUAGCCCACGCUGACUGAAACUUUGCGAUUUUGGUUUUGGCUUAGCAAAAUUCUGUGCCCGGAUCCUUAAUUCCCAAUGGGUGGAUCCCCAGGGCAUUUCGUUGGCAUGGGUAUGCUUCAAAUAGCGAAACUGGGUGUCAUAGAAUUGGCAAUUACCUGCCUGAGCAGCCAAAUCCCGAACCACUUCACCAUAUUUCAUAAGUGCUGGGGCCUCCAACGGGUGCAUGCUGGUAUAAACCCCAACAAAUACUUGAAAAGCAGUCGUCCACACCUCAAAGUUGUGAAUAGCUUUAGCCUUUGUAGUGGGUUCUAAAGCAAGUGUUGGUACUGAACCCUCGGAUAUGCCGAGAGAAAAAUGGUAGCGGGUAUCGCCUACUUGGGGGUUUAUAAGUAACCCAAAAUCUAUAAAUUUGUUGCCCCAAAUCUUCAACUUAAUCUUGGGGUUGACCUGGGCAUCGGUUGGAAUACUAACAGAAUUGAAAUUAGAUAUACCUGGUCCAACAGAACUUGCCAUGAGGUGUGGACAAAUUACUCCCAAUUGUGCUACAUCACCUGGAAGCUUUUCCAUGGCUGCAGCUACUGGCCCCUGCCCUUGAGCGUCAGCCACAGAAAUGCCCUGCAGUGGUACCUCCCUCGUGUUAGAUUCCAAAGGCAAUGUCACAGGAUUGUGUUGAGGCAUUUGCAAAGACUCCAUAACAGCCUGGGUCACUGCAGAAGUAAUUCUGGCAAUAGUGGAAUCCGAAAGGUCCGGAGGAGUCGUUCCUUGCACUGUAGGAGUCGUUCCUGGCACUCACGGGUGGAGCUAGGCCUGGAUCCUGAACAAUUGGUUGGUGGCUCAGUUCUUGUUGAUCUCGGACGAGCAGCCAUAGGCUACUCUGCACGCCGUUGGAUGCGGGUACUUGGUCUUGGCAUUAUUUCUAAAGAGAAACUGCAAACAGGGCAGACUACAAGCCACUGAUAAUAUCUUGUCACAUGAUAGGGCAAUAUAUUACCAGGCACUGUUCCACAACAAACACAAUUUUAAAGUUUACAACAAACAAACAUCUACUGAUCUACAACUCUAUAGUAAACGAUUGUUGUUAAAUAUGGCAUACCACAAAGGUAGCCGAACAAAUUAAUAACUGGGCCAUCUGAAAACAACUUGCCGCGCCGUCCCACAUAUAUUGAAUUGAACUAUGGGCAUUUGAACACCUAGGUCCUAUCCCAUGUAGGCAUAUAUUUCCAUGACCAAGAAACUGUGGCCUAAAUUUAUGCUAAAAGUGCAUAAAUUCAAGGACAAUACUGUACAGUGGUUUGAUUCAAACAGAACGACAAAACAAUUAACAUUUGUACAAAAGGCCCCAAGUACACAACAUAAACUAUAUACAGUACGGUACCUCACAUCACACUAUAUAUAUAAAACAGAAGCCACAAAUUCAUGAAUGUUUCCUUCGCAUGAAAAUAUAAUUGCUCAAUUCUCAAUGUGGUAUUUGCAAACAGCAAUUGCUCAGCCCAGACACAUAUUCACACAGACCCUUGGGCCCCGGGAAUUACACCAUAAAUUGAUAAUCAUAUCACAUUUGUAUGAUUUGUAUUAAUGUCGUUUAUGACUUUAUUGAAUAUAUGCACAUGACAUUUAAUAAGUACAAUAACCUUGGAAAAAUCCAAGUACUGCAAAUAAUAUGAAGUAAAAUAUCGAUCGUGCAACAUAUUAAGAGCUUUAAAAAUUGCUCCUCGAUAACUCCUGUAUAAGAUAUACUGUCCGUGGGGGUUGCAGUGAACCCCAUCAGGAGACAACAAAUCAAUUCUACCAUUGUCAACUUUACGAUGGUCCCAAAGAAAUACGCCACGUUCAUUCGCCAAAACGACAGACAAAUACUGUCGCAGAAUAGAAGCUUUUGCAUUAAAAGCAUGGUCCGGUGUAUCGGAAUGCGGAAUGUGCCUAUUUAUAACUUGGCACACGGCAAUGACCUUUAUGGUUAACUCGUCACGCAUAUAGCGUACGAGAUCGUCUAUCCGCGAACCGACCACCUCCGGAGAAAGGUUUUACAAAUCGUUCGUCCCUAUUUCCAAAACGACGAUAUCCGGUUUUAGAAGGAAAUAUCAUACUUAAACACUUCGACCGCCCGUGCACUUCAAAGAUACGUACAAGCCUGAAUCGGCCAGGUUAAAAUUUUGUUUGGAAAGGGAAUCAAAACCAUUAUUUAAAUCGUCAUUUAAGCGGCUCACAAAAGAAUGGCCAAAUACCAAAACAUUAGGAAUGAAACCCGACAUAUUUCUUGAGGAUAAAUAAGAUAAAUAAGAUAAAAGGAAACACACAAACCUGAAAAAACUUUGGAAGAAAGUAUGCAAGUGUUGAUCCUGACUGACUUCGGUAGAAUAACCUAACCUUGACACUCGCGCCUUUUAUACGCAGCAUCAGAGUAAAAUUCCCAAAUGUAGCAACUUCUCCCCGUAAUAUUUCGUUGCAUGCGUUACGUCAUCAUUUCAUUACCUAUAGUAAAUCUAACUAUAUAUGUAUAUAAUAGGGAAAGCAAUAAAAUUACUAUUCGGUGAACAAAUAGUUCCUAUGUAGUUCUAAUAGCAAUAGUCAUCAUUUUCCUAACGCAGUACAUUUGGUGGUUUUUGUCAAGACCAAUACUUUCUAACAUGUCUAAAAAUGUAGAACAUUCUUCUGCAAAAAUACCUAAAGAGCUGACAGAGAGAUUUAUAAAUUUAACUUGGUUAAAAUUUUUACCUAGCUGUCUCAAUAAUUCUCUAUAUUUAUCCUUCUUCCGUUUUACGUUGUUCUUGAGGUUUGUCUCAUAACCAGUAGUGAGUUCGACCACAUAUAAGGAACCAUUUGAGCACGAUAAUAACAAAUCUGGGCGAUACGUAUCACCAGUAAGUAUUGAAGGGCUUUUGAAUCCAUGUAGAUCAGCGUAGAGAGUAGAACCGUCAACAGUUUGUAAAGUAUUAGCAAGAAAGUUCAGGACUGAAUUGUGUCUCCACGUAAAUCGGUCGAGAUAAAACUGACAUCCAGCUACUAUGUGUAGUAAUGUUUCAGGGCUAAGACAAAAAGAACAGUCUGCAUUUGAAGAUAUUGCCCAUUUGUUUAGGUUUUUGCGCGUCGGAAGAGAGUUGUUAAUGUAACGAAUGGUAAAGUUGUAAAUGUUUUUCGGGAGCUUUGAUUGGGCGAUGGACCACACCUUGUUAAACUGGGGUAAAGCGAACUUUGUGACGCUGCAGAAAAAGGAUCCUUGACUCGUUAAUUGGGUCAGGAGUUUGUUUUCGUGUCCAGAACGAAAAUCUUUGAGAACUCCCUUAGUAGAGUUAUAAGCGUCAUAUUGGAUAUUAGUAUGGUUACUGGUUGCUUUCCACAGGUCGUUAGUUGAUUCAUUAGGAGAAGAUUUUAAAGCUUUUCGGAGGAUUGUUUGACACUGGAUAAAUUUUACAGAUGGAGGAUAAAUACUCAGACCAAAUUUGUUAUUUGUUAGAAAGACAGUACUUAGUGUUCCUGAUAUUGGUACUUCAAGCCAUCUGCGGAUAUAUUUGUUGGCAAUAGAAUCGAUAUUUUCAGUAACCCAUGUUUUAGAGAGUGUUGCGACGGUAAAGUGCCAGGCUAACUUGGACAAGACGUAGCGACUGUAGAGGAGCAGUUUAUUUUUGGGGUGUAGUGGCUUUGAGUCAAUAUCAGACAUUAGUUCAUUAAGUAGGGUUGUUAGUUCAGUUUUAUGAUUAUCAUUCGACAUGUGGAAAUCAAAGUAACGUCCUAAAUAUUGAAAUGAUUCUCCAAUGGUGAUUUUUGGUAUUAGUUGAUUGCUGAUGAGGAGUUUUGGCAAGUACUGGAUUGAUUUUGUGAUCGCUUUUUUAAUGCCAAAGGUACUGCAUUUGUCAACUCGGAUAAUCAUAUCGGACCAUUGGCACCAGAUAGAAAAUCGAUUUAAUAGAUGUUGGUUUUCGGAUUCUUGGCCAGUAAUUACAGCCGCGUCAUCAGCAAACUGGAACCAGUGGAUGGGAUUUAGUAAUUUGAAGGAAAACCCAAAUUGACGGUACUUUUCAGCCUUGAUAUGCUGAAUGAAUGUAUUGAAGCACAUGUUAAAAAGCAGAGGACUGAGGGAAUCUCCUUGCAAUACGCCACGGCCAACUGUCAUAAAAGGAGUGCGGAAUUCAGAGGUAAUUAUCGAGGUUUGGAAAUCAGUAUAUAAACUUUUUAUAACAAAUUUUAUAUGAUCAGGGAUAUGGUGGUAGUCAAGUACGGAUUGGAUGAGGUUGUGAUGGAUUUCGCCGAAGGCAUAUAUUCUUAAGAUCAAGUAGGGUGAUGACAACAGAGCGUUGUCUGAUCCGAGCUUUAUUAAUAAUGUCAGCCAUUUGUGCAGUAUGUUCUAGAGUGCCAGAUAGGUUAGGGGUGAAGCCUUUUUGUAUGUUGUGUUCGACGAAGUUAUUAGAUGCGAGGAAGGAGUAUACUGCGUUUCGAAGACAAGAUGUAAAUACUUUUAAAGGUACGGAUUCGAGUGUUAUGGGGCUGAAAUUUGAAGGGUCACUAUUGUUGCCUUUCUUGUGGAUUAGUAUGGUAUAUGCUCUUUUCCACUCAGUUGGGACAGUUCCACAUAGCCAAAUAUCGUGAAUUAGCUCAGUAAGGUAAGUUCUCAGAUAAGGACAAUGCUUGAAACUUAUUAUAGAAAGUUGAUCAAGAGGGCGGGGGUCAAGGUUAAAUUGAACUUCAGGAUCAGAUAACUUUGGGAUCCAGCUGGGAAUUACAAAUAGCUUGUUAGGAUUAAUUUUAGCCAGAGAUUUAGAGAAAUAAGAAAGGCAAUCAGUCAUGUUAAAUGAUGGUAAUACUGCGUCUUUUCUAUGGAUUAUAUUUUUAACAUAGCCCCAAAAGCUUCGUUCCAGAUAUUUGUUGUGAUUAAAAGACUCACUGUCAUUUAAGUCAUCGGCGUCGUUGCUAUUGUUACGGAGCCUGUCACGCAAUGUACGCGAUACGUAUUUAAUUUCACUGAGUUCACCCUUUUUGGAUUUUAAAUUUUGUAAAGCUUUCUUUAACUCUUUAACCGUAUACUCUUUAUAUUUAGCUACCAUAUUUUUGUCGUGUACAGUUUCAGUAUGUCCAUAAUUAUUUGCAAAGUAGUUGUAUAUCGCGUCAUUUAAAAGCUUGAUUUUUGAAUUUAGAUCUUGAAAUGUGAUUGGAUCAUUUGGCUGGAGUGCAUAUUUAAAAUAAUCAUUAGCCGUUGACCAUUCAGAAUCAUUUUUCGGGAGAUUUAUGCCUUUCUUCAGUUCAGGAAAACUUUCGUAAUUAACUGUAUUAAUAUCAUUGCCAUUGUGUUCAUUUUCUGAAAUAUUUUCGCUGUUAUCCGUAGUUAUUUGCUCCUCCAGAUCUGCACAAAGCUCGUCGUUAAGGCCAUGUAUCACUUGACAACUGCGCUGAUGCAUUUUAAGGCCGCGCGUCCCUUUGCAUAUCUUGCCACAACAACAUUUAACAACCGUGCGACUUGACACAGGAACAUUAGGGGACUGCACUACAGGCACUUGCCUUGUAGUAGCGUCAGGGGGAUCUUGUUCUGCUUGGUUAAUCCGUUGUUUACAACGCCAUGAAUGGCGACCGAGCGAGACGAAGUCUUUAUCACAAAACGAACAGACGACGCAAGUCAAUAGCAUGGCAAUAAAACUUGAACGAAUCAUGAUGAUGAUCUUUUUAUGAUUAUAAAUUUAACAAUUAGUAAGAAAUACUGUGAUUCAAAUACAAAACCAGCGAUAAAACUAUGACAUGUACAGAGCACGUCUGAACACGGCUCUGCUCGAUGUAAUAAUAAUAAUAAUAAUAAUAAUAAUAAUAAUGGAAACUUUAUUGAAUUUUUUACGUAUAUAUAUACAAUUGUAAAUCUCACUACUGACUUAGGUAAUUUACAAUUGGCUACAUGAAUCACGGAGUACUACAUAUGUACUAUUUGCAGUAAAAACAAGAAUAAAAUGGGUAUAUGAUUAUAUAUAUAUAUAUAUUGUUAUAUGUAGUUAUUAAUUUAAAUGUUUAACAAUUCAGGGUUUGUCCACUCUUUGCUUCGACAGCAAAAAAUAUAGUACGUCGCUCUAAUGGCAUAAGACGUCAUCUUUUUUAUGCAGUAAUGUUGCUGCUUUUUAUCCAUUCCUAUAGUGUCUAACAUUUCUAAAAAGGUGAAGCAUUCUUUGUCAAACACACCGAGAGAGCUCAUUGAUAGGUUUACAAAUUUAACAGAAUUAAAGUGACCCCUUUGAUCUUCAAUUAGAUCUUUGUAUUUUGCUUUUUUGCGUUUAACGUUAUUAUGUAGAUUAGAUUCAAACCCGACAGUAAGUUCAAGGACAUAAAGAUCUUCAUUUGGGGUAAUUAGGAGUAAGUCCGGUCGAUAUAGGUCACCAGUUAUAAUUGACGGGCUUUUGUGUCCGGAUAGGUCAGCAUAAAGUUGACAUGGAUUUGUUGUUUGAAACGUUUCAGCGAGAAAGUUUAAAAUAGAAUCAUGUCUCCAAGUAAAGCGCUGAAGGUACGAUUGGCAGCCGGCUACCACGUGUAGUAGGGUGUCAGGACACAAACAAAAGGAACAUUCGGGACUUGAAGCUAAACCCCAUCUUGUAAGGUUUUUUCGCGUAGGAAGAGAAUUAUUUAUGUAACGGACGGUGAAGUUGAAAAUGUUCUUUGGCAGUUUUGAUUGAGCGGCAGACCAAAGUGUGUUUAACUGUGAAAAGGAAAACUUUGCAACAUUCGAGAAAAAUGAACCUUGACAAAUUAAACGGUGUUGAAGCUUAUCUUUUUGUCCAGAAUGAAAAUCCUUGAGAACUUCCUUUGUUGAAUUAUAUAUGUCGUACUGAAUAUUAGUGUGAUUGUUAGUUGAUUUCCAGAGUUCUUUUAUGGAAUCAUUUGGGGAUGUUUUUAAGGCGUUGCGUAGGACAGUUUGACAUUGGAUAAAUUUGACGGAUGCAGGGAGGAUAUUCAGACCGAAUUUGUUAUGGGUUAGAUAAAUAUUACUUAAUGUUCCAGAAAUGGGUAUUUCAAGCCACUUUCUGAUGUAUUGAUUAAUCACAGAAUCGAUUGUUUCCGUUACCCAGGUUUUCGACAGGGUUGCAACAGUGAGAUGCCAGGAUAUUUUGGAUAGAACGUAGCGGUUAUAUAGAAUAAGUUUGUUUUUUGGGUGUAGAGGUUUAUGGUCGAUAUCAGACAUUAGUUCAUCAAUGAGGGACAUUAGUUCAGAUUUGUGUCCUUGGUCGGACAUAUCAAAAUCAAAGAAUCUUCCUAGAUAUUUAAAAGAUUCUCCCAUUUGAAUAGUAGGUAUAAGACCAUUGUUAAUUAGCAGUUUCGGUAAGUACUGAACGGAUUUUGUCAAAACUUUCCUGAUGCCGAAGGUGCUACAUUUAUCAACUCUGAUUAUCAUGUUCGACCAUUGACACCAGAUUGUGAAUCGGUUUAAGAGGUGUUGGUUUUCAUAAUCUUGGCCAGUGAUAACAGCCGCGUCAUCAGCAAAUUUAAACCAGUGAAUGGGAUUGAGGAAGUUAAACAUGAAACCAAAUUGACGGUACUUGUCAGCUUUUAUGUGCUGAAUGAAAGUAUUAAAGCACAUGUUGAACAGCAGAGGGCUAAGACAAUCACCUUGUAGCACACCACGGCCAACAGUUAUGAACGGAGUGCGGAAUUCAGAAGUUAUCACGGAAGUUUUAAAAUCAGUAUAUAAACUUUUGAUAACAUUUUUGAUGUGGUCAGGAAUAUGAUGAUAUUCAAGUAUAGAUUGAAUUAAGUUGUGAUGAACUUCACCAAAAGCAUUCUUAAGGUCAAGGAGAGUGAUGACAAGAGAGCGCUGUUUAAUCCGUGCUUUGUUUAUAAUAUUCGCCAUUUGAGCAGUGUGCUCCAUAGUACCUGAAAGAUUUGGUGUGAAGCCCUUUUGUAUGUUAUGUUCGAUAUAAUUAUUUGCGGCGAGGAAGGAAUACAGUGAAUUACGGAGACAGGAUGUAAAUACUUUCAAAGGAAUUGUCGGAGCGAAAACGAACAGUUGACAAACUAACGCCAUUUUGGCGACAUAAAGUACAUUAAUUAGACGGAAAAAAUGGCGGAAAACACAUGGCCGCGUUGAAGUUGUUAUUUAUCGUUUUUAUUAAAUAUUUGUUUUAAAAAACUAUGAAAUGAGUGAAUGUUUAGUGAACCAGCACGUAAAUGUAGGUCUCGACUACAUUUUUGGUCCUUCGACAGUCGGAUUGUAGAAUUUCAAGGGAAAUUCGAGUAAAUAUCGAGGGGUAAAAAUACGUAAAUAUAUUGGUUUUAUAUAUUGUCCUAUUGGACUUGUUGCAUCAUCGGCAAACAAGAAAAUUUGGAUUUCCAUCGGAAUUAAAGGAAAUUCGACAAUCGUAAGUACAUUUUGGAUUGUAUUUUGGUUGUAUAUUGUGAACAUUAUCGUGGGGAAAAAUGAGUGAUACAGAAACAACUGAGAACGAGGCUCAAGAGACGGUGGUAAUAGUUAUAUCGGAUUUUAAGAAGCAGAAACGAAAUGCAAAAUCGUUGUUGACACGUUUGUUAACACAGUUAUCCUGUUUGUUGUCAGAGGAAAACCCUAAUCGAGAGAAUAUAUGCCAUUUAUUGGUUAAAAUCGAUGAACAGAAAGACAUUUGUUUGGAGGUAUUAGAUAAGCUUGAGGAAGCAUACCAGAAAAGUGGGGAUAAACAAAACGCAUUAAGAAUAGGUGAUGAAUCGGACAAAAUAGCUGAGCAAGUGGAUGUUGAAACACAUGCCUCACGUCAAUUUUUGUUAUCGUUAGUCAAGAAAUCUGUGCAUUUAAAAAACAAUGUUGCUAUGGCAACUGAAUCUCAACCGACCAAUACACAACAGCUGGCCCAGGAAAUUAUUACUACAGAAAAUAUGGAAACACCCUUGUUGGAAAAUGAUGGAGUACAAACUGAAUCGAAUAGCAGUUUGCCGCAAGAGACACAUCAAGUAAACAGUAACAUUGCACAUGAACAAUUAUCAAGUGGAAACAACACUACAUUUGUUGACAAUGGAAUUGGAACACAGUCGUCUGAGUCGUCCAGCAGCCAAUCGGAAUUAAACACGACUUCACAAAGUGGAAGUGCUCGCAGAGUGGAUGGACAUUUGGAGCGAAUUCGAAUUCCUAUUUUUACAGGAGACAAAAUGAAGUUUCAACAAUGGAAUGCCGCUUUUACUAGCUGUGUAGAUAAAACGUCAUUGAGUCCACAGUUCAAAAUGCUUAGACUAGAAUCAUGUUUACGAGGAGAAGCAGCCGAUACAGUUAGGGGACUUGGAUACUCGCAAGAAGCUUACAAUGCUGCAAGGGCUAGAUUGGAGAGAAAGUAUGGUGGUAGUCGGAGACAGGUUCAGAGUCAUUUAGAAGAAUUAAAAAAGUUGAAACCAUUACAAGAGGAAAAUGCCAGAGAAUUGGAAAUCUUUGCGGAUGUUUUAGAGCGGGCUGUCAUUUGCCUCAAAGAGAAUGGUAGACAAGCGGAUCUUGAAGCCGGAACUUUAUACACCAUUGUUCUUGAGAAGAUCCCGGAGAAAUUACUCUCCCAAUACUACAGAUGGCUAAGAGAGAAACAAAAGGAAGAAUCCAUGGAGACAUUAAAGGAUUGGAUUUCCCAAGAAGCCGAGUACCAAAUUCAGGCCUCAGAAAUUAAGCAUGGGUUUCGGAAGAUACGAGCAGAAAGAGUCGAUGGAAGCGGAAGUGGUUGCGGUCGAGGCGGACGGACCUUCUAUGGAAAACCAGUUGAUGGAGGUGACAAAAGAGUCAAGAAAUGCCAAGUUUGCACAGAGAUCCACCCUAUUUGGAAGUGUACAAAAUAUCGAGAUCAGUCAAUAGAAGACAAGUGGAAAAUGGCAAAGAAGUUAGGUUUGUGCUACCGUUGCCUUGGUGACAAUCACUUAGGAAAUGCCUGCAAAUGGAACAGACAAUGUAAUAUAGACGGUUGCAAUGAGACCCACCACUAUUUGCUUCAUAGGCCAAGGGAUCCCUCUAAGGCACCCAGUAAGGAGAAAGAUGACAAUAUGAAGGUUGAGUCAGGACCAGGAUCUAAUACGGAGGGGGAUGACCAACGAAAGACAUAUGGAGCAACUCGAGGACAGGAAACAGAAUAUGUUGCUUUGCGAACAGUCCCAGUCAUUGUAAAGAAUGGAAACAAGAGGAUUCCUGUAAACUGUCUUUUGGACGAAGGCAGUGAUACGAGCUAUAUUAACGAAGAUGUUAUUGAGGCUUUGGGGUUGCAUGGAGCCAAAACGGAGAUUAAUGUGAAAGUGGCUAAUGAUGAAACAGUCUCUUUUAUGUCAUCAACAUUUGAUGUCGGGUUGGAAAGUACUGAUGGUCGCGUGGACACCACAAUAACAGUGCAAUCGUCAAAGAAAAUUUGUGGUGGUAUGAAACCAGUCAAUUGGAUAAAGAUUAAACACAACUGGCAGCAUUUACAGAAGAUUUACUUUCCCAAACUAGUAACUGGACGACGAGUGGAUAUUCUCUUAGGAGCGGAUCAUCACGAACUGAUGUAUUCAAUGAAAGAAGUAGUUGGAGAGCAUGGUCAACCAUCAGCAAGGCUCUGUCCACUCGGGUGGACAGCGGUUGGAAAAGUGAAUGGUACUGAAUCGAAUGGAUCCCAUCAUACUGGGUUUCAUCACACGUAUUUGUUGAAUCAAGACAAGCCAUCGAUUGAAGUUCAUCAAACAGAUAGGAAUCUUGAUGAAAUGCUUAAGCGGUUUUGGGAUUUAGAGAACAUUGGAAUCACACACAAAGAAUCUCCCAUUUUAGAGAUGACACCAGAUGAGAAACUUGCUUGGACAAAAGUGAGUGAAUCAGUGAAGUUCAACGGGCAGCACUAUGAAGUAGCAGUUCCUUGGCGCGAUGGUCGACCGAAGCUUGCACCUAAUAGUUCAUUGGCGAAGCAAAGGCUCGAUUCUACAGAACGAAAGUUACUCAAAGAUCCAGAAUUGGCAGUGGCUUAUCAGGGAGUCAUUAACGAAUAUUUAGAGAAAGGAUAUAUCAGACAAGUGCCCUCGGAUGAACCGAAACCAGAAUGUGAGUGGUUGUUGCCUCACUUUCCUGUUGUGCGACCGGACAAGAGCACAACAAAAGUUCGAAUUGUUUUCGACGCAUCGGCAACUUGCGAAGGGAAAAGCCUGAACACAGAAUCCCUACCUGGUCCUAAACUGCAAAGUGACAUUGUGGACAUAUUAGUGAAAUUUCGCAAGGAUCCCGUGGCUUUAGUCGGAGAUAUUAGCCAAAUGUAUCAUCAGUUGGUUCUCCUGCCAGAAGAUAGACCUUUGCACCGUUUUCUCUGGCGAAACCUCGAUCGAAGCAAAGAACCGGAAGUUUAUGAAUUUAUUCGUUUUGUAUUCGGAGGAUGUUAUUGCCCAUUCUGCGCACAGUUCACAUGGCAACAACACGCAGAACGACACGCUGACGAAUUACCCUUAGCCGCCGAAGCAGUUGGAAAAAAUUGUUACAUGGAUGAUUUGAUGCCAUCAGUCGAAAGUUCAUCACAAGCGAUUGAAACUCGACAGCAAUUGACAACGUUAGGAGAUAAAGCAAAAUUUCACAUUCGUAAGUGGAUUUCGAAUCGUCGCGAAGUGCUAGAAGAUAUUCCGGAAGAAGAUCGUGCAUCACAAAUCAACCUCGACCUGCAUGAAUUGUCAAGCGUGAAGACCCUCGGAAUUUCGUGGACUGCAACGGACGAUCAGUUCUCGUUUCACUAUUCUCCACCAGAGAAAGAAUUUGUCUACACGAAGAGGAACGUUCUUCGCUGUACCGCAACGAUCUUUGAUCCUUUAGGCUUUCUUGCUCCCUUCAUUUUGUUGGCAAAGUUAAUGAUGCAAAAAGCGUGGGUUCAAGGAUUGAGUUGGGAUGAGCAUCUCCCCGAGGAACAUCGUCGAACUUGGAAACAAUGGUUUGAAGAGUUGAUCAAAUUAUCUCUCAUUAAGAUUCCACGUUGUCUGAGAAAGAGCGUAGAAGUCGGACAUAUCGAGAUUCACACGUUUUCGGACGCUUCGGAAAAAGCGUAUUCCGCGGUUGUCUAUAUUCGUCAUGAAUAUAAGGACGGUGACGUAUCAGUCCGACUCGUAGCAGCAAAAACACGGUUAGCACCCUUGAAAACUAUAAGCAUCCCACGGCUUGAACUAAUGGGAGCGGUUAUAGGCCUUCGUUUAAGUAAACAAGUUUGUACGGCCUUGGAACUUCCUGUACAAGAUGUAACGUUUUGGAUCGACAGCACGACGGUUGGUUUUUGGAUCUGUGGACAAAGUCGAAAGUACAAGACUUUCGUGGCACAUCGGAUCGGUGAGAUUCAUGAAGAAACCAACCCUGUUCAAUGGAAAUACGUCCCGACAUCAUCCAACCCAGCAGAUCACGGUACACGUGGACUCACAGUCACUGAGUUGAAAGAGAAUGAACUUUGGUGGAACGGGCCAGAGUUUCUAAAAGAAUCACGCGACAAGUGGCCCGAAGAGAAAUUUGCAGAACUGAACGCCCAAGUUUUCGCAGAGAUGAAGCCAGAACGCAAGGGUGACGCAGUUUGUUUCAAUGCGACUCAAGAAGACGAAAGCGAAGAAGAAUGGCGUCUGAAACCUUCAAGAUUUUCAAAGUGGUAUCGCCUUUUUUUGAUUAAGAGAUUGGAGUUAGGACUGUCGUUAGUGCGGGUUAGAGCUUGGGUCCAUAGAUUCAUUGCGAACUGUCGAAAGUUGAAGAAAGAACGAGUCAGUGGAGAGUUGACCGCAAACGAAUUACAAGGUGUAGAAGAGAUCAUUAUUCGCGAAGCACAAAUGGAAGUUUAUUGUCAAGAGAUUACUGCACUAAAAGAGAAGAAGAGUCUUCCUAAAAGAAGCAGUAUUUUGAAUUUAACGCCAAUCUGGAAAGAUUGUCUUCUGCGUUCGAAUACGAGGCUUCGAUACUCUGAGGAUUUGAGCGAAGAGAUAAAAUAUCCAAUAAUUUUACCCAAGAGACAUCCAGUGACGAAACUCAUCGUGAAGUAUCACCACGAAAGCGAAGGGCAUCGAAUGGGCGUAAACUUCACGCUGAAUCAUCUUCGAGAGAGAUACCAUGUCGUUCAUGGCCGAGAAAUGGUAAAGAGAACGGCAAAAGAAUGCACAACGUGCAAACGGCGUUUUACCGGCAAACCAGGCGUGCAACAAAUGGCACCAUUGCCCAAUAUCAGAUUAGAAUUGACGAUGAAACCUUUCACGAACUGUGCAGUUGAUUUCGCAGGGCCCUACCUCACAAAGCAAGGACGAGGGAAGACAUGAACGAAACGAUAUUUGUGUCUAUUUCUUUGCUUGCAGACCCAUUGUUGCCACUUAGAAAUGGCAUGGUCGUUGGAAACAGACGGAUUUUUGCAAGCGUUCACCAGAAUGGUAUCGAGACGCGGUUGGCCUCGAACUAUGCUUAGUGACAAUGGUACCAAUUUUGUAGGAGGUCACAACGAGAUUUGUAAACUUGUUGGUGAGAUCGACAGAGAGAAGAUUAAAGCGUAGACGUCCAAUAAAGGGGUAGACUGGCGUUGGAAUCCACCGUUAUCACCGCAUUUUGGAGGCGUAUUCGAACGGAUGAUUCAGUCAGCCAAGAGAGCGAUCCAAGGAAUUUUAACUAACGCAGACGUAAGUGACGAAGAACUAGAGACAGUCAUUGUUGGAGUAGAGAGUCUGAUGAAUUCACGUCCUUUGACUCAUGUUAGCGGAGAUCCAAACGACGAACCAGUGUUAACACCAAACCACUUCUUAAUCGGUCAAUCAGGAGGUGAUGUUGCACCAGAGAGUGUCGACUACACACCGUUUAACUCCAAGAAACGUUGGAGGCGCGUGCAGGAACUUAUUCGCCAAACCUGGAAACGCUGGAUGCAAGAGUACCUUACAAGUCUUGGGUCCCGAUCAAAGUGGUUUAACAAACAAGAUAAUGUGAAGAAAGGAGAUAUGGUAUUAGCUAUCGAUCCAGGAACACCGAGACGACAAUGGAAAUUGGGAAGAUUGAAGCAGUUUAUCCUGGAAAGGACGGCAAUGUUUGUGUAGUGGAUGUGAGAGAAAAUGAUAAGAUCUACAGACGGUCGAUUGGACGCGUAUCACCACUGGAAUUUUGAAAUCAUGAGAAGACGGAUCACAAGAAAUCCGGGAGGGGGAGAUGUCGGAGCGAAAACGAACAGUUGACAAACUAACGCCAUUUUGGCGACAUAAAGUACAUUAAUUAGACGGAAAAAAGGCGGAAAACACAUGGCCGCGUUGAAGUUGUUAUUUAUCGUUUUUAUUAAAUAUUUGUUUUAAAAAACUAUGAAAUGAGUGAAUGUUUAGUGAACCAGCACGUAAAUGUAGGUCUCGACUACAAAUUAUUAAUACUGUAUUUUGUGUCCAGCAUUCGCAAAUGUAUUUGUUUCUCUGCUGUCGAAAAUUCACUGCUGGCGAGCAACGAUGCAAAUCAAUACAAGUUUUGAUAUAUUUCAGAUUCGACAGUUCUUGGUCAACGAGCAUGGCCAGAUAACGAAAUUGGAUAUACGCAUUGUCAUUGGCCAAUACCCCAUCACGUGUUCGGCCGUUUCACUCCCCUCUUUAUUUUUUAUUAUUUCUCCGCCUUAUUUUAAAUUUCGGAUCUUUCUCGGUCGCCCUUCGGAGUAUCAUCGUGUAACAUAAAUUAAUAUCAAAGAUGAACAUAAAUUAUUGCGCCUGCGAUACGCUAAUACCGCUUUCAACAUUCAAAAUGGCGGCCGAUGAAAAUUGAAAACAUUUACAUGUAAUUAAAAGGUUAGUAUAAAUUUACACAAGUAUUUCUGGCGUGCUCCCUUGCUUCAUUCAGUUCAUUGUUUCUUUCUCACCAAAAAGAGCUAGAGUUUCAGCAGAAUGCGCAAUUGCAAAUAUUAUGUGAUUUAUGGAACAAUAUGACAACAAUGACAGUGUCACAGUGAUGAUGGUGAAAUCACUCAAUCAGUGAUGUUGAAAAUUAUUUGGAUUGUAUAUAUGGGGAGACAGGUUAGUGUCAGUUGUAUGUCUUUUCAUAUGGUACAGAAAUGCCAGAUUGUAAAGAAAAAUGGUGGUGUUAAUGGACAUCUGAGCCCGUCUGAGGUAUGCCAUAACAUAAAAGUAUGUCUUUUGAAUGUAAAAGACCCAAAAUAUCACAUCCAAAAAUUUUUUUAUCUCUUUACAUGAAACUAGAAGUUACUAUCGCAAGGCAAGUGCUGCCUUACGACCAUAGCCCUGGGGAGUGAUUAUACCAAUAAACGUCAUUUACAUUUCCUUAUACAUACACUGUAUGAAUGAAUUUAUUUUGCUUAAAAAUAACGAAAUUACAACAUGCAUUAUUACUAUAUACUGUAAAGUGUAGUUCGGAUUUUCAUAUUUAUACAUGUGAUUGUUGGUACCAAUGUUUUAAACUGUCUCCACUUGUCAAAACGUCUAGAACAACAGAAUUAGGUAGAACAAACAUAUGUCUGUCACAUACGUGAUAUGAUUAGUUUUUUGCAAGUUUUAUAUUCUUUCCAAGUAAUGAUAGUCGAUCGAUCCAUUAGGGAAACAAGUGUUACCACAGUUUUUUUGUCCAAUAUGUAGUGUUUUCGUAUUCCUUUAGCAUUGUUGGCCAUCAUUAUUGUCCAAUAACUUGUUAGGUUACUGCAUGUACACACAAAGGUAUGUAGUAUCUUGACAUACAAUGUUAUAUGGUUACAUGGCAGAUUCCAUCCCAUGGCAUUAGAUUAUUUAGAUGUAAUAUCUCCACACAAUCUUGUAAAUCUGCAUUCUUGUUUUAAUGGAAAUACAUUUCUGUUAAUCCAGAAGUUCCCAUGUGAUGUAAUAUAUUUUAUGUGAUGUAAUACGGUAUAUCCACACUAUAUUUUGGCUGUAAUAACCAUUUGAUUUCACCCAGCAGUUAAUAAUAAAAUUGGCACCAUUCACAUCCAUCAGAAUUGCAAAACUAUAGAAAAAAAUAAUUUGUAGCAUGAGAUAUUAUAUGAGAUAUAGAAACAUAGUAGCACAUAAAUGAAUGAAAAUAAAGUAGGGCAGGGGGAGGGGGUUAAACAAAAAAAAACUUAACAUUUUUUGUCUUGCAAAUCAUAUUUUCAUACAUACAGCGAUAACAAGGAGUGUACAUUAGUUAUUAUAUAAUACAUUAAAUUAUUUAAAAGGGUAUAUAGUCAAAGUACAUACCAAACUAUAACUGGGAUCCAUAUAUGAAAUCCCCCUCUUACUCAAACUCAAUAGCUUGUUGUUCUGAAGGCACAGGUAGUAGCCUGUGCUAACUGAUCUAGCCUGUUUUCUUCUUCUUAAUCGCUUAUCGUUUUUGCUUGUUAAUCGUUCAUAUGUCAUUGGUUCAAUGACACAAGAUGCAAGUGAUUUUACUCUGCUAAUAGCAACAUAAGAAACUCCAGCAGUUCUUUCAGAUUUGCCAAUAUCUAUCCAUGCUUUUGGAAGUGUAAGUCCUUGGCUCUUGUGUAUUGUCAGAGCCCAAGCAAGCCUAAGAGGUAACUGUUGCCGUGCCCAUGCUUGCCCGGAUUCACUAUAAUUUGCCUUACAUGAAGUAUUAACACAAAUGAGCCAGGACCGGCCCUUAUAUACUACUAACCACUCAGCUCCGAACUUAAAGGAUAAAUUUAUAACGAGGGACAUAAAUUUUAGUACUAAUUAUAAUCUCAGAAAUGCUGAUAUAAAUCUUUCGAAUUCAGUUCCUAAACCACGUACUGAAUAUUUAAAAAAGAGUUUUGGAUAUUGCGGGGCUGUUCUAUGGAAUAGUUUACCUACGCAGGCAAAGCAAACAGAAUCUUUAAGUAGCUUCAAAAAUUGGAUAAAAGAAUGUGUGCAACAGAGUCAGGCAUCGAAUAUCUACGUAUUUGUUAUUCUGUGUUAUUCUAUUUCAUAUUUAAUUUAUAUUAGUUUUUAGAAUGUAAUUUGUGUGACGCCCCUCAUGAAAAUCAUCCAUGGGUGAUGAGGGAAGCGUGGUUAAAUAAAGUUCUACUAUACUAUACUAUACUAUACUAUACUAUACUAUACUAUACUAUACUAUACUAUACUAUACUAUACUAUACUAUACUGUACUGUACUGUACUGGACUGUAAUGUACUGUACUGUACGGUACUGUGCUGUGCUGUGCUGUACUCCACUCCGCUAUACUAUACUAUACUAUACUAUACUAUACUAUACCAUACCAUACCAUACCAUACCAUACCAUACCAUACCAUACCAUACCAUACCAUACCAUACCAUACCAUACCAUACCAUACCAUACCAUACCAUUGUAUAUCCCGAUAUGUCCAAUCAGUGUCACAUCACAGACAGGAAUAGGUUGCCCGAAAUGGGAUUCCCGGAAUUCCGCUUUCCUGGAACAGGACCGGUGACGUCACUUCCGGUCCCCCAAUUCCCCGCGCCACCCUGGGGGUCCUCUGCCUGCCGGUCACCUCCCCCACCGCACACGCAUUCACACGCAUGCACACGCAUGCACACGCAUGCACACGCAUUCACACGCACACGCAUACCUCCCCCACACAUUCGCCGCAUCCUCCGCAAGCCCGCCGCACCCACCGCGUCCCACACGCUUGUUGGAGUCUUGGUGGGGGGGGGGGGGGGGGUUGGUGACUUUUGUCAUUAUCUACAUCACAACGACAGCAUCGUAGGGCUUGUACUGAUUAUUCUGUGUGUUAUUUUUUGUUGAGUCCGUACGAGGGCAGAUUGAGAAAGAUUGGGAGGAAGGUAAGUGGUUUAUAGGGAAAUGUUUGUGUAUAAGUAAAAGUAUGGAUAACGCCUUCGGAAAGCCUCUUAAGAAGUAUCAGGAAAAUAUGGAUUUGUUUUUAGAGACUAUAAAAAGAGAUAUUUACAGGAAUCUGAGCAUUAUUUAUGUGGCGUACUUGGACUCUAUCGGUUGGAACUUUGAUGGACCAGCUCCAGGUCGGGAAUUAUUAUACGGCAUGGAUUCCCCAUUUGCAAAGACCGUUUCGGCAUACCACGAAGAGUUGCGUCCAACCAGGGAACCGAAGAAGAGGAGCAGGAACAUAUAUGGAGCUUUUUGAUAUAGCGGAAAAGGAGUACUUGGAUUUCCUUGCUUGCUUCAGGGGAACCUGAGGAGUUUCCCAACAAAAUAACUCUUCUGUUCCGAGGGACGUAAGCAUCAGCUUAUUGAUAUAGAUGAGGAAAGGAUGUGUCGUGAAUGUGGACUAGUGGUUGGUAGGACCCGUUACGUUUCCGAAUACGGCUGCUGGGACAGGGCAAUUAUGAAGCGUAAGCCAGCUACCAUCGACUCCAAGGUCUAUAGUUUUAUAUAAAAAGAAAGGGUGUGUCGGGGUAUGAGUUGUUUGGGAAAGGAUUGUCUGAGGUCAUAAAUAAAAUUGUUGUAGUUUGCGAGGCAGAGGAACCUAAGAGGAAGAGACUACCUAAUCUUAAUAUUAUUAGUUAUCAGGUAUGUAAACGGCUUGGUGUGGAGGUUAACAUGUCUCUACUUAAGAUUCCUAAGGAGAAGACUCCCCGCAAUCGGUGUAAGAAAAUAUUUAGAGCAUUGGGUUGGGAUCAUGUUGAAUAAAUUUUAAUGUUUAUUAACCAUUAAAAUUGAAGUAAUAGUCUUAGGGUAACGACAAUAAGGAGGACCUCAACCGUUAUCGGGAUCAAUAGACAGCUGAUCAGGCACAACCACAUUAGUUUCCGUGGUAUCUUCAUCGUUUUGUUUACCAUAUUUUUUUACUGUUGCGCUGGCAUAUCCGAUAUGGGUAUGUGCGCUCAUUGUGAUAUCACCCCGUUCGAUACCAACACCUAGGUUAAACAUUUUUCUCCUUUUAUGAUUUUUGUUGUGCUUCACCCUGUUUGCGGUUUCAUGUUUUGUGAACAGGCAUCCCAUUCUUUAUUUAACCGGAAAAAUAAAAUGCCAUUCAACAUGAUUAUCGUCGGUAUGACGGCCUGCGGGAAGACGCAUUACCUCAUUCAGGAGCUAAAGACGACGUUCUUCCACCAAUUUGCAAAUAUAUUCCUGAUUUGUCCUACCUAUCACUGGAAUAAGACCUAUGAUCAGGAUUUCAUUCAUGAGGACGACAAUUUCUUUGUUAUUCCCUGCCGGCAGGAUGACGUGGAGGAUUACCUUAAAUAUGUAGUGGACUUUAUCAGGGGAAGGGAAUCUCUCAUCAUUCUGGAUGAUUGUGCCAGCACUAAGUCUGUAAAGGACCGUACGGGGGAGUUGGUCGACCUUGGGUUUAGCGCAGAUCACAUGAGUAUUUCCACUAUUGUUAUUACUCAACAGCUGGCCUCCAUAGCCAAACCAUACAGACAGAACAUUUCGAAACAGGUGACUUUCUAUAAUCCGAAUAGGCAGGACAUGAGGAUUAUUUUGGAUGAGUACCUUCUUGUUGACAAUGCAGAAAUGAGAUCUAUUAAGGAAAAGUUGAAGGGGAAUAAGUAUGCUCAUCUUGAAGUGGAUUUGGUACAUCCAUUUAAUCAUGAAGUAAAAAUUCCUGUAUUAUAAUAAAGGGAAUGGAACAAGAACCGCCAAACGCAGAGAAUGCGGAGAUAGAGGACAGUAGGGCAGAGCUUAUUCGCCUGUCUAAUGCAGGAGAGAUUAAACAGUCCGAAAGUUACCUGAAGAAGGCGUCCAGGAAGGUUAUCAAGAAGAUACGGAGGGAAUAUAUCGUUGCACAGAGGGAAAAGGCAAACGUGGUGCUGGCAGAGGCUUUGAUUGAAAAAUUUUCGGAUCUCAUGGAAGCUAUCAGUAUGGUGGAUAGUGGGAAAGAAUUAAGGGAGGAAUUAAAUCAGGAUAAGCUGUUUAAGAGUGAUGUUAAAAGUGUAGUAGCAAAGCUGUCCCCAUACAUACCCAACCUUGGUAUUGUUAGCGGUGGAGUAACGACGGUAAAGCAUGUCUAUCGGAGAACACCUGAACAACCUCCUUCUGAAGAAGGACCGGAGACUGAUGAUCAAGCAUAAAAAAAUUUUCCAAACUCUGUUGAGUAUCGAAAAACUGUGGUUUUCGAAUAAUUUAGUACUUUAUUCCAGCAAGUUGUCCGUUUGUGAUCUUGAUAACACCGUCGGAAAGGACGAACAAGUAACAUACAACGCCUGCGUUGUGGCUUUCUUUGUGAUUUCCACUAAUAUCCCGGAUUGGGUGUUCUGGUUUCCCUAGGUUGUUUCUAAACCAGGAUUUUGUAUUGCUGUUCUUAAAGUCGACGACUAAAGCCAUACUAUCCGGCACGAGAACGGAGUCGGUUUUUAGCUUUGGAAUAUUAACAUAAAUUUCUUCUCCGGGUUUGGCAGAAUUGGGAUUGAAGGUUAGAACAUGUCUGGUCCUAUCCCCAGUAAUUUCCGUCCUAUUCAUGCGCCGGAAGUUAAGCAUAAGUUCAGCUGUCCGGUCCAUUAUGUUUUAUUAUAGUAUAACUGAUUUCUUUCGUUUACUUUGUAGGUACUUGUAUAUAGCUCCGGCAAUUAGGAUUGCUACGAUCCAUAGGUUUUGAGCAAGGAAGGCGAGACCUUUAGCUCCCCAGCUUAGGAUAGUACUUAGUAGAUUUAGGAUAGGUACUAGGAUUGGUAGUGCGGAUUUUGCAAGAUUUGCCAGUGCUUUUCCUACGGAUCCUAAUCCUUUGGAGGCUCCUACGAUGGUUUUCUUUCCUGUCACUACGACUGUAGUGAUAAUUCCAGCGAUAGAAAUGGCAAUGGCGGCUAGUGCGCCUAGGUUUUCCUUUGCCCAUUUGCGGAAUCUUUCGAAUUUUGUCCUGAUAUUUUCUCUUACUAUUUCCCUAUACCUGUGUUUUCCCUCCUCCGUUUCGGGUUGCUGACCCAUCUCUGGGUUGGCGUUAUCUAUACCCUGUUCGGCAACAUCCAUGCCCUCUUGCAUAAUCUGUCGUCUUUCGGGAUCUGUUUCGAGUUCUAUAAUGGUUUCGAAUACUUUCUUCUGUUCCCUUAAGGCUUUAAUCCGGACUUCGGGGGGUCCUUUGGGAGAGGUUACUCCCGCAAAUUCUCUCCUCUCCUGUGUGGUUAUUUUCCCCCUUUCCCCUAACUCCCUUGCGUGUUCCACAAGGUUGUCGACUGCGUUGAUGACUUCCUGGCGGAGUUCCUCCUCAGCGUCUUCGAAAAUCUCUUCCGCGUUUACUCCUGAUUCUUCUCCUCCGGUCUCCUCUUCGACUACACUUUUGGCUCUUUCCCUGUGUUCGGUGAGUGCUUUUUCGUAUAUAUUAAGGAAUUUUCUUGAUGAUGCGGUAGCCUUCUUAUUUUCAGACAUUUUGUAGGUACCACCCCUAUCAAUGUAUGCAACAUCAGCCCCGUUAAGUGUUAACUUGUUUUUAGUGAUGUCUAAACUGGAUAUAAAUUCCUUAGAGUUUCGUCCGUCGGUCGGAUCUAUUCGAUACUCAGUUUGGAAAAGCCUCCUGACGUAUUCUAUCUUUAUAUCAUCAAAUUUUCAGUUCGUCUAACUGCCUCUUCCUUUUCCUGUAGGAAUCGUCCUUAUUCUCCUCACGGAAACUGGAGGUUUUUGCAUCGUCUAGUCUUUGAUCGUCGUCUAGUCCUGAAAGAAAGUCAUCCUCGUCAAUAGGUGUAUCAUCGAUAAUUGUCUCGUCCUCACCCCCUUCGGCUCCUUCCGGUCGUUUAAGGUUGUCCAGCUCUAUGUUAUCCUCCAUUUUUAUUUAAGUCUAAAGAUAAUUCUUGUUCAUAAUAUCUUCCUAGAAUAUCCUCCCCAUCCUCAGGAUCCUUAAGGCUGUACAUGUUGGGACCUCCCCGGAACACCGCUGUAACGACGUAUACUUCGUUGUCAAAAUUGGGUUCGUAUCCCUUUUCGAAGGUCUUGUGCUUUAUUUCCACCCUCACAUGAUCCCCGACUUUAAAUUUAGGAUCCGGAAAACUGCUUAGUGGAUAUCCGUAGAUUCUUGUCCAAACUUCAUCCUUGUUUUCCUCAUUCACAUCCGCUGGUUUCAUUCCUAUUGUUCUGUGUGUGGAAUUAUUAUAGGAUCUAACGAGAGCAGGUAAGAUGUCCACCCAAACUUUCGUCCUGUUUUCCGUAUUUCCACAGUAAGUAUUUCCACAUCCUUGUUUUCAGAGUCCUAUUGAAUCUUUCGACGAAUGCAGCUUUCCGGAAGGUUCUUGUGGAAAAGUAGUGAACAUCAUGAUCUUUUAGUAACGUCUUUACUCCCACAUUGUAAAAUUCCUUUCCAUCGUCAAACUGUGCCGUUUUAGGAUACCUACCGAAUCUUUCCUUAAAUUGUAUGAGAAUAUUUUCGACAACCUUUGACAUGCUUUCGGUAUUUUUCCUCCAUACGGGAACAGCAAAGGCAUAUCGACUCAGGACCUCUAUGACAGUUAGGAUCCAACGGUUUCCCUUAUUCCCGUGGCUAAAUUUACUCAUAUCCACAAGGUCCAUUUGAAUUUGCUGUGCAAGUCCGUCCACAUAGGUCCUCUGGGUCUUGUAAUGUUUUCUGGACGGUUUGUGAAUAAUAUAGCUAUUUUGUGUCUGUAACCAUUCUCUAACAUUUUUCCGGCUAACUCCCUUUAUACCCUCCUUCUUUGCACUUUGGUAUAAUUUUUCCAUCGACAUGUACCCACCGUUAACGUUAAAGUAUAUUUCCCGGAGAGCUACAUCCAGUUCCAAACUCAUUUUAUUACCUGUAAAUAAAACAUGAAGAAGAUAACAGUCUAUGUUGAAGACGGAGGGGUUACCCUGGAUUUACAGGAUCCACUGAUCCUUACUCACGAAUCCGAACUUUAUGUGAAGACUGCUGCUGUGUUUUGGAAUUAUAAGAAUAUUCGUAAGGUUCAAUGACUACAUUUCCGUAGAUGGGAAGAAGAUUAUGAUAGAUGAAGGAUACUGGACCUUUAAACAGCUUAGGAAAGAGUUGGAGGAAAACGGAUUAACACUUAAGGAAUAUCCCGAUGGAAGGAUAAGGAUCGACUUUGCUAAGGGGACAAAUUCCGCAGGACUCCGGAAUCUCACGAGUAUUCUGGGAUAUCGGUCCUCCAAUGGUCCUACAUACACCCCACACAUCAGCGAUCGUCCCGUAGACAUCCAUGAAGGCUUGCGAUAUCUCACAGUCAGCUGUAACCUUGUGAAUCGUGAGCAUAACAUCGGACCGUACGGAAAUAGGAGUACCGUCAUCACUUCCCUUCCCAUCGAUGGAACAAGACCUCUCUUUGGAACCACAACGAAAUACAAUGACAUUGAAAGCCAAGUACGGGUGGAUGCUGGUAAAUAUAUGUAGUGAAAUCCGGUUUGAAAUUGGAUCUAAUACUGGAAUCAUCCCUGGAGAUGUCUUGUUAGAACUUUAUAUCAAAUAAAAAGAUGAGUGAGGAAAUCUUUCGAAACUACUACGGAAAGAAUUACGAGAAGGUUAAGGCGGCAGUACCCGUUGAAAUCCAGAAAAUGAAGACAAACUUCAUGAAACAAUAUCCCAAUGCAACCCUAUCCAAGUUUGACUUUGAGGUCACCUUCGCCAAGGAUGGAACCGUGGAAUCCAGAGACAUCUUCUAUAAGGUGGAUGAUCUCACAAGCUAUGAUAUUACAUCCGGCAUAUUCCACACAAAUCCGGAGUGGACCAAGUACCUUCACUGGGUAGAGGGGUGGCGUAGUGUUCGAACGGAUGCAAUCUUUCGUCCGAAUAAGAACCUUAAGAUGGAUAUACAUACCUUUAAGGUCUAUGUUACUGAGACGGAAAGUUUCCCAACAAAAUUGGAGCCUAUUAAACCAUCAUACGACAAACCUCCCGAAACCUUCAUCAACACUGUACCCUUCGGUUACCACUCAAAUUCCUACUUCUGCUCUUUAGCGGCAUGUUACGUUGCUAUGUUUAAAUCCGGAAUUUCCGGGGACCACCUUACAAACAAUUUUCCCAAUUCACACUCCAACAUAGUAACCUCCAUUGUUCGCUUCCAUUUUCAUUUGCAAUCCCAAACUACUGGACCAAUAUCUUACAGGAGAUGAUAUACGAACCAUUAGGAAGUACAUGCCUGUACGUGAGACAUGGGUUAGGAGGACCGUCUCUUCCCACGCAAACAUUGGGACAUGGUACCAUGGCAUACCUGUGAGUGAACAAAAAAGAAUACGGCGUCAGAAGUACCAUUUAACCAAAUAUGGAGGUUCAUUUAUCGAAUAUGAAUACCUGACCGGUAGGUCACCCUUUGAUGUUGAAAAAGAUUAUAAAACCCUUAUUCCCAAAACAUCCCGGGGACUUACCAAAGUUGGACAGAAAUUAUUCCAACAAUCGAUCAAAGCAUUUGUGUACUCUGUUCUGGGGGCACAGGCCAAAACCCGAUGGAGUAUUAUGGGACAGGGUGCAAAAAGUCUGCAGACACAGGAGGUUUUCCGUAAGGUGGUAGAAGAUACAAUUGUACAAGACGAUGUGACAGUUACCAUCUCCAACAUGAGGACGGCUAUUGCUAAUACCCAAGUCGUCCUAAAUUUUGCAAUCAUGCCAGGUUUUAUCCUAAUCCCUUCAGAUCUGAGGAUUUUAAUGAAACCUAUUCCGGGAUUCAGCAAUGUUUUAACGGUAGCUAAGAAUGGGAUGAUGUUUGGGAAAAAUGAGAAGCUAAAUUAUACUAGUAAUCCUGUUCCUACCCCCACAAAUAAUAUAGACGAAAGCCAUGACAUUACACCAACCCCAACCGUGGAGGACUUUAAACCCCCCAGAACUAAGGCAGAAGUCCGAUACCCACAAUAUUGCUCUUGGGACAGCGGCAGUGACGUCCUUUGGACUUGCAUACCUAGUCUUUCGACAUUAAAUAAAAUGAGCAUCUUACUCGGGUACGAUUACUUUGAUACAACAGCAGAAGACCUAGAUAUCCUAAAACGGAAAUUAACAGUAGUUGAAAAGGCACAGCAGGGAAACACGGCAGAAGUUGUUAAACAUGCAAACGACAUCGUAAGGUUGAAUAGCCUCGGGAAAAAUCCGGUACAGUACGAUUUUACACAAACACCUGGGUAUCCACCCGGAUUUCUUCAAACACCCACCAUUACAGACACCGAUAAGAAGAAUGCAAAAUUUAUGGUAUUCAGUGUCAGUGGUAAUGAAAUAAAUUAUUCGAGUUCAUCCCCUCUGUACGGAUUCUACGAAGCGAGUAGGGGGGCGAUUGUUAUAUUUACAGUUGACCAGAGGAGUAAAAUUAUCCGGACAUCCUUUUCAUUCAUAGUUACCAGCACAAACAUCCAGAUCCGUGGUGUUGAAUUUAAGAACAUAGAUUCCACCGGGAACGUAACCAACAGAACAGAAGCUACAACCGUAAAUUUCUUCCUCCUAACAACAUAAGAUUUUUAAAUCUUUUCGUAAAAUUUAAAAUAUUUGUGUUAAUACAUAAGCACCGCCAACACCCAGUAUACCCACUGUCAACACUGCGUAUCUUUUCAUUUCAUCCGAUGGUUGAUAGUAAUCCUCCAAUUUCGGUCUGCGCUGAGAUGCUGUACUAUCCAUAAGCUUCGUAUAAUCCCUAAGGUCUUCCAGUGCCCUGUUUGUUUCCUCGAUAUCCUUGUUAGCAUCCAGAUCUCAGCCCUCCGUCUUGUCUCGUCGUUCCUACGCUUCACCUCAGAUUCGUAAAACUUCUCCUUGGCUUUUGCAAGCUUCUCUAAGGCUUGGUUAUGUCUUUUUACCUCUUCCUUGUAGCCUUGCCCAUUCAGCUUGGAGAAUAGGAAACCGGCUCCGGCAAAGGCCACAGCAUUAAAAAGUCCUCCUACCACAACAGAUGUCAUCCUUUAUUGAUCAAUCAUUUUUGGGAUGUAUCCCUUAUCCUUAAGAUAUCUUAUGGUGAACGCACUUCCGGCUACGGCAACGGCAAGCUUUGCUGCUCCUUCUAGGGUCAUCGGUGCACCGAGGCUUUUUCCGGCAACCGUUUUAGCAAGGUAGGAUAUCUCAACGACUCCGGUUGUCAGUAGUGCCGCAUCGUACAGUUCGUUGAUCACUUCCUUCUUCGUGUCGGUCAUUAUGUUUUUUAUUAUAGUAAAACUAUUUAUCCUUUAGCUUCUCUUCCAGGAUUAGAGAGAAUCUUCUUUCCAGGGUGUCAAGCAUCCUGUCUUCACUUUCCUUGCGUUUGGCUUCCACUGCCUCGCGUUUGGCUUCUUCCACCUCAAGCGUGUGGAUGUAAAUAAGAUAAGUUCCGGCUGCUAUGGAGAAGGUUAGUAUGUCCAGGAAUAACUGCGACAUUGUUUUAUUAUACUCAGUCAAACAGGUCGGGACCCCUUGGUGCGAUAACAACGGGUUCCGGCUCCUCUACAAUCUUAUUUUCCUCGGGUUUCUCGUCCUUCUUCCGACUACUGUACCACAUGAAGUAAAGGGAUCCGAGCCCUACGGCUAUACCCACUACCAAGUCGACUCUCUCUAGGGUAACUAUUGACUCCUCAUUUUCGGAUUCUUCAAUCAGAACAUUUUGCUCCUCUUCUUUGAUAGCUUCAAGCUGUUCCUUCUUUCUUACUUUUGCUUCCUUACUGAUUUUAGCAAGCCUACGCCCGCCUCCACCCUUCUUGGAUCCUUGACGUGGGUCUUUACUGGAUUUGUGACGGGUACUGCUGUUGUAUCUGGGUUUACUUCCGACAUGGUUUCUUUUUAUUUAUAGUAGGAUUUAACUAACUUGUAAGUAAUCUUAAAUCCAGUCAGAGGUAUCUCACGAGUAGAUCUGAAUAUAUCUGGGUUAACUUGCGAGUAGAUCUGAGUCAACUUGUGAGUAAUCUUAAACCUAGUCAGAAGUACCUCAAAUUCAGAAUCAACAGUCUAUAGACAAGACUUCCUACAUAUAAACAGCAAGAACCAUGACAGUGCUAAAUUCAAGACCCACCAUCGUCAGGACAAGCGGAAUGUUUAAACUUUACUUUUACUGUCCGGAAAAAAUGAGUCACAUCAAGAAUAUGUGUGAAAACACAAACUAUGAGGACAUGACGUUAGCCUUUGCAGACGUAAGCAUACCCAACCACAGUGUGGAAAAGAAGAUCAAGUUUGGGGAAGGGUGGAUGGGAAGGGACGCAGGAAUCGUAUGUGCACUUGAUUACUACGAAAACCCAAAGGGUAUAUAUGUUCUGGUCGAACUACCAUACGACAUCGGGAUAAACAACUGUCGGUUAGAAAGUCCUGAAGACACAGUACAGCUUGGGGAAACUACGGAAUUUGUAAACAAUUGGUUCCAGGGAAGCGUAGCCCUUUCAGAUUUUCAUGAAUGGCAGGUGCAAUAUAAUGUUGCAUGGGAAAACUAUACGGAAGAGGAAAAGAAAAUACAGAAAGAUAAGGAAGAUUACGGAUGGGCCCACGAGGAACACAAUCCGGACAAAGACGUACCGGUAAGGGCUGGUAUAGACAACGUCCUGCUCGGCAAGGAAGCCUAAGGUUCCCCAGGUAGUGACCUGGUGAGGUCUUCAGGUUAAGGGGCGCAGGUGCGGACGCCAUGUUCUACAGGCGGAAUCAACAACCUAUCUAUAGGCAAGGCUUCCUACAUAUAAACAAGUAGUAUCAUGAGACAAUUCACCAGAAGGGAGGAAAUCAGGGUCCAACUCUACUUUAACUGUCCGGAAAGGAUGGAUCAUAUUGAAAGGAUGCUUAAACGGGUGGAAUGCAAGGAUAUUGUGUUUAUCAUAGAGGUCGGUGGCGGCUACGGUCCGGCAAAGCUUAAAGUUAAGUUCGGAAGGGGUGGAUGGCAUGGGAAAGGGUGCCGAAAUCCAUGCUGUAAAUAACCUUAGGGGAGAACCAAAAAGGUAUUAGGGUUUCAAUCACCAUUUCGGAAUCCAUACAAGUGUACGGUUGCUGUAUCGAAAACCAGAAGGAUAGAAAAGAUGGAAUCUGUCUAGGUAUACCGGAUGGUAUCAGCUACCCCUACACCCACAUCUACCCCGAUCUCCAGCACAUGGAAGAGCGACGGGAGGAAGCGGAAGAAAUUAAUGAAGUACACAGGGAGAUGACGGAAACAUCGGAUGAGGUACUGGACUGGGAGGAAGAGAACCUAAACGAUAUGCAGAUGGAUGCUGAAAUGGAAGAAGCCCUUCAGGAUCAAGCUGACCAAGGUCGCCAGGUAGUGACCUGGCGGGGUUGUAAAAUCCAAAGACGCAAUUGCGAACUUUUUCCGUACAAACAGAAUCAACUUUUCCAAAAUAAAUCCUAUAUAAUAAAAGGACACCUUCCUAUACGUCCGAUUCUGUGGACAUUUUGUGAACUCCAUUGCUUUUUCAAACCUUAUAUGUCUGAAAAACAGAAUCAACCUUAAAACCACUUUAUAGAUAAACUUUGUUAUAUAAUAAAAGCAAUGGAGUUUACCAGACAAAGUGCUCCAAUUUCGGACAAAAAAUUCGCAUCCAUUGAACGAAUGAGGACCAACGUCCUCGAGAAGGCCAGGGAGAGAGGCCUAGAAAUAGAAGGAAAAAUUAACAACCAUUUCGACGAACUGCUCAAGAAGGAGAAGAGGAAAAUCGUCGGAAAGGAAGUUAAAUCGGCAGCAAAACAAUUCCAAAGACGAAGGAGACAAACCGAGGCCGACGCAAAGAGGGAAAUAAGGGAUGCAAUGAAAUGGAAGAGCGACAUCACCAAAGAAGAGAAAAGACGUCGGAAGGAAGUUACGGACUGGAAAGCCGAGGCUCAAAAGUGGGAAAAGGAGACCCAGCGCCUGCGACGAAAUGCAAGGGCUCGGGAAAGGCGAGCCGAGGAAAACCGUAGGAUCGCAGAGGGUAAGUGGAAAGGUAAGAAGAAAUUUGCCAAACUCCAGUUAAAGGUGGGUGACAAGCUUAGCAAAAUCUGGAAAAAAACGAGGGAAAUCUUGAAACCCAUUCUAGCCAAGCACGCCAUCAAUAAAAAAGUAAAAAAGUACGUCAUUACCCCAAACGGUAACUACGACCCAGCCUACUUCCUAACCAUCACGGAAGACGAGGUUAAAACACUCAUAAACUCCGAAACGGAACCCAGAAACGUAAGAAUGUCCUUAGCCUGUGAAAUGGUAAGGAGCGACCCGAAAACCGGAGAGGAAGUGUCAACCAUCGCCCACUUCGGAUCGAAAAACCAUAAACUUACCGGUACGGACGAUACGGAAGAAACCCAGGGUAUCAUGAGGGAAAAGAUGCUGAAAUCCUUUUCGGGAUACCAGAGAGGGGCAGUGGAUGGAGACUACAAAGGGUUACCCAGUUGGAAAUCCACAUUGGAGAGUUCCGACCACUUAGGGGUAAGAAACACGAACCACUACCCAAAUCCAUAGCCGACAAAAAGGCAAUCAUGAACAUGAAGAACGACGACGACGAGUGCUUCAAGUGGGCCGUCACACGUGCCUUAAAUCCCGUCGACAAAAAUUCGGAAAGAAUUUCAAAGGAACUUAGAAGACAGUCCGAAAAAUUAGACUGGGAAGGGAUUGAAUUCCCAACACCCCUAAACGAUAUCAAAAAGGUCGAAAGAAACAACAACGUUUACGUCAACGUGUUCAGUGUCGACGAAAGUUUCAAGGUCUACCCCCUACGAGUAUCAAGAAAAACCGACCCCAUUGGACUCUUCCUAUGGAAAAACCACUAUAGCGUUGGAAAAACACCUGGAAUUAUGCUCGAACAACGACUACCAAAGGCACGAAUAUCCAAAACCCGGAAGCACCACGAAAUUCGAAAACCACGAAAGAAUAAAGGAAUUCCCAAUUGUCGUAUACGCAGACUUCGAAUGCUACAUCAGCAGAUUAGAUGCAGAAGAGAAAAGUUUAGACAGGUUGAGUACCACACGAUACCAGAACCACAACCCCAGCGGAUUCUGCUACUACAUCAAGUGCUUCGACAACUCCAUCUACAAACCCAAGCUGGUACACCAUACCCAAAAGUACGAGGGGGAAGACAGCACCAAAAAAUUUGUGGACCUUCUCGAGGAGGAACCUGCGAUAUCUACAACAAGUUCAAGUUCAAAGAGCCCGUCAGAAUGACUCCCAGAGAUACCAAAAAUUACAAAGGAGCAACCACCUGCUACGCGUGCGGGGAAGAAUUCACCCUAAAGGACUACAAAGUCAACGAUCACUGUCACUACACGGGUAAAUACAGAGGUGCAGCACACAACUCGUGCAACCUCAGAAUGAAACAACCGAAAUUCAUUCCCGUCCUAUUCCACAACCUUGAAGGGUAUGAUGCCCAUUUAUUCGUCAGAAACCUCGGAGUAAGCAGCGGGGACAUCAAAUGCAUCCCAAAGACGGAAGAAAAAUACAUAUCUUUUACCAAGGAGGUAGAGGUUGAUAAGUUCAUAAAUAAGGAUGGUAAGGAAAAGAAGGUUAAAAGGGAAUUAAGAUUCCUGGACUCCUUCAAAUUUAUGGCAAGCUCUCUAGACAAACUCACCAAGGGUCUAGGUAAGGACAACUUCAAAAAUCUGGACCUAAUGACAACUCACUACACCAGGGAGCAACAAGAAAUGCUCAAACAAAAGGGUGUAUGCCCCUACGAGUAUAUGGACGGAUUCGACAAACUGGAAAAGACGAACCUCCCGCCCAAGAGCAGAUUCUUCAGCAGUCUUACCGGCGAAAACAUCAGCCACACCGACUACAAGAGAGCACAAAACGUAUGGAACACCUUCAGCAUGAAAACCAUGAAAGAUUACCAUGACCUUUACCUUAAAACGGACGUCCUCCUACUAGCAGACAUAAUGGAAAACUUCAGGAAGGUAUGCAGGACAAAUUACGGACUCGACCCCCUGUGGUACUACACAGCGCCAGUACUUGCCUGGGAUGCCGCCCUAAAGAUAACCGGAGUAGAACUGGAGCUUAUUUCUGAUCCAGACAUGUACCUACUCAUAGAAAGGGGAAUCCGCGGAGGAAUCAGCACCAUCACCAAAAGACAUGCUAAAGUAAACAACAAAUACAUCGGACUCUCAAAAGUACCAGAAAGCGUCAUUCAAUGUCUAAAAAAGUUGGACGUAACCAUUCAGCAGGAUCCUAGGGACCUGAACGGAAAGCUGGACGCCUUCGAAGUCGAGGUGGAGGACACUAUGAAAGACCACGGUGAUGCGUACGUCGAAUUUGUUAACCGGUACCUCAACAAAAACCUCACAAAAUGGGUAAAAGGUAUUAACCGCAAAGAUGAAGAUCAAUCCAUAUACCUCCCCUAUCUGGAUGCAAACAACCUCUACGGAUGGGAAAUGAGUCAGCCCCUACCCAUCAAGAAUUUCAAAUGGAUGAACGACAACGAGUUGGAAAAAUGGAAGGAACACGGUUGCAUCCUCGAAGUGGAUCUCGAAUACCCCGACGACCUCCACGAUCUACACAACGAAUACCCCCUAGCACCAGAAAGGAUAAUGGUCAACAAGACGGAAAAGCUCAUACCCAUGCAACCUCAGCAGCAAAGAAAAAUACGUACUUCACCACACAAACCUAAAACAGUACCUGAGCUUGGGGUUGAAGUUAACCAAAAUACAUCGAGGAGUUAAAUUUACCGAAAGGGACUGGAUAAAGGAAUACAUCCAGCUUAACACAGACCUCCGAACCAGGGGAACCACAGACUUUGAAAAAGAUUUCUUCAAACUCAUGAACAACUCCGUAUUCGGAAAAACCAUGGAAAACGUAAGGAAUAGGGUUGAUAUCAGAAUCACCAACAACGAAAAAAAAAUGGAACAAGCUAGCCAAAAAGCACAACUUCAAGUCGGUAACCAUCUUUUCCGAAAAAUUAACCUAGUGGCAGUUCAUAUGAGGAAAACCUCCGUAAAACUGAAAAAACCCAUAUACCUAGGAAUGAGUAUCCUGGACAUCAGCAAAACCCUCAUGUACGACUUUCACUAUAACUACAUCAAACAAAUGUAUGGAGACAGGGCCAAACUCCUAUUCACAGACACAGACUCCCUAUGCUAUGAAGUUAACACUGAGGACUUCUUCAAGGACAUUUCCAAAGAUGUCUAUGAAAUAUUCGAUACCAGUAGCAUCGGUAAAAGCCAUCCCUCCGGAAUUCCAAAUAGUGUUAACAAGAAGGUUAUCGGAAUGAUGAAAAUAGAAACAGGUGCAAAGCAGAUCGAAGAAUUCAUAGGACUCAGGGCGAAACUGUACGCUUACAAAAUGGCGGAGGACGGGGAUGAGGAGAAAAAGUGUAAGGAUGUUAAGAAGGCAGUCAUUAAAAAGGAAAUAACAUUCGACAACUAUAAAGAAUGCCUCUUCAGCGGUGAGAAACAGUGGAGGGGAAUGAACGUCUUCAGAAGCAGACUGCACGAAAUAUACACGGAAAGAGUCUUCAAGGUAGCACUAUCGGCAAGCGACGACAAAAGGAUAAUUAACGAAGACGGAAUACACACCACAGCAAUAGGACAUAAAAAACUAAGACAGUGGGAAUCCCAGCAGACCAGUUUUAAUAUUCGCAGGAACAUUAAAAUUUAAAUGGAUUUGGAUUUAGAGACAAUGGAUUUCGAUUUAUUAAAAUAAUUACAUCGCAGCUUUACAGCUGAAUUGCGUAAUUUACAAUUGGCUAAUUGGACAAGAAAAUUUGAUAUAUUACAUGAAUAAUUUACUAUUUUAAUAGUGAUUACAGUAAAAAGUUUAAAAGGUUAAUUUACUCAAUAAUUGUAUGUGUAUUUUACUCUAACAAUUGUAUGACUAUUGUAAUUGUAACUACGAUAAAAAGUUUAAAAGGCUAAUUUACACUAAUAAUUUUAUGCGAACAUCCAAUAAAUAAACAUCAAGUUUCAAGCGCUACACAUAGAGAAGAUAAAUGAAUUCAUUGUUCUAAUAGUCAUGAUUUGUGGGGGCUUGAAGUUCCUUUCGUUUCUCAGGUUAUAAUUCGUGUUAUAUCUUGCUGGUAAUAAGCUAUUAAGUUUGUGAUCAGGAUUAAGAAUAAUAGACUUAAAAAGUUUGUCACAUAAAUAUUCAUGAUGAUCCUUCAUGGACUUAAUAUCUAAUCGUUCCAAACCUGUUAGAUAGUCAACAUCCGGCAUAAUAAUUGAUAUAGCUCUUUUCUCGAGACGCACUCAUCAUCAGCUAAAAACAAUCAUCAGCUAAUUUAACUCAUUGAAAUCUGUCGGUGAGAAAAUCAAUUAUCCAGUUUAUAACACUUGGAGGUAAUUCCAAUCUGCUUAGUUUAUCAAUCAGUAUACCGUGGUCGAUUAAGUCGAAUGCUUUACGAUAGUCAAACAGAAUUGUCCUAAUGGUUGAGCCAUUUCCAUCUGUUCCUAAAAACCAGUGAUGUAACAUAUUAAUUAGCGCAAUAGUAGUAGAUGAAUUCGGGAUUGUUCCGUACUGGUUUGGGUCGAUAACUUUUAGAAUGGCAGGCUUCACGUAAUCCUCAACCACAAACCCCUGCGCAACCUUGGAUACGCUAGGGGUUAACGAGGUUGGUCUUAAAUCUUUCUUUAGGUCCUUAACCGGCUUCUUCUUGGGCAGUGGUGAUACAUCUGCCAUCUUCCAGCAUGCAGGCAAUUGCUGUUCACGAUAUGAAGUAUUAAUAAUAUUCAUAAUUGGGAGAGCAACAAUUCUGGAAUAAUCUCUUAAGAGCCAAUUUGGAAUGUUAUCAGGACCAGACGCUUUUCCAGGGUUGAGUUUUGCUAGGGCCUUCUCUACGCGCAUUUCUGUCACAGUGAAUCCAUGUACUCCCUUAUUUACCCGUAGACGGACGCAAAAGCCUCUUCCAAGGUUUCGCCUUCCUUUCCCUCAGAUAUACCCCCUCCUGGAGUAGUACCUGAACGGAUACCAUAUCCCCAGACACAUAUAUGCUCGGAAACCUAACCAACGCACCCAGAUAAAAAUUAAAUGAUUGCUGGUGGGUUUCAUGGGAUCUAUAUCCCCUCCCCCAUCACUAUACAUCUCCGUGGUCUUGUCGAUUUUUGCGUAUAGGACGGGUUGCUUCCCACUCCGAUAAAAGCAUCUUAUGGCUUUUGUUCCGGACUUUCCAACCUCUUCGGCACAUCUCUUCUCCAAUACUUCCAGGGCCGAUAUAAAAUCCUUAUGGUUUCCACCCGCCAAUGGGAUGGUGAAGUUCUCCUUCCCAAACUUCUUGUCCUUAUUAAUCCCGUUAGCAAAACAGUCCUUCAGUUGGAGUAAUAGGGGUCCGCCGUCCUCCGCCACAAGUCCAAUACUUUCGGACCCAAAUCUGUUUCCGACGGGUUCCUCAAAGUCAAAUGAAUUUCCAGAAAAUCCCUCUAUCUUUGUUAUUGAAAUGGACAUUGCUGUUUUCUUUACAGGAACGCUUCCCUUUAUAUUGA